UUUUGUUUUUGCUGUUUAAUGUCACAUUCCUCCAGGAACACAGAUACUUGAGGCCCUGCCCCAGGCUUGUCUAGACAGGUGUGCAUGCCUGACCCUUUCUUUCCCCUUUGCCCUGGCCCUUCUUGGGAAAACACAGCACAGAGGGUGGCGGUGUCUCCUUCGGGGAGUGGGAGGCAGCUGGAAACCCGUCCUGCAGAUGCUGGAGGCAGGAACAGCAAGACCAAGCUUGAGCCUGGGCUCCAAGCCUCGGCGCGAUCUCUUGGGACUUCACUUACAAAACACACAUUGAAAGAUAAGAUGGCUAAGAAUUUCAAGGUGAUGACACAGAGCAUGAGAAGCCAGACAGGGCAGCGCCUGGCUCCCCCUCCUGACUGAGCAUGGCCCGGCGUGAGAGUCCUGGCCCAGGGCCCGUGAGGGGCACGGCCCUCCACACCAGGGAGUUGCUAGUUCAAGGAGCAUGUGCAUUUGUCAUUUUGAUAAGCACUGAUGAACUGCCCUGCACCCAGGUGUGUGCUGUGCUCUCCUGUGGAGGGCGAUGCUGAGAACUAGGGGUGCGACUCCCCAUGAGCUGUGAUCCCACACGGUGAGCACUCUGCGCCGUGUUAAUGCUCCCCGGCACUGGUUUAUUCUUCUGGGACCGCCCCUAGCGGUGUAAAUAUCAGGUGGAAUUUGACAGUUCCUUAUUUCCACAGCGUUUGUGUUUCGGUUGGUCUGGACAGUCCCGGAGACUCCGAGUGCUAGACGGUGAAGGGUCUGACUCAUAGGCGCUUACCCAGGUGUUUCACAGGUGGGCGGGAGGAAGGGGAGCCCGGGUCCGAAUCCGCCUGGCGCAGGUGACCGAGCCGGUAGCUAUGGGCAUGUGUAUUGUGCUUCAGUCAGGGGCCUUUGUCUAUACCGGUGUGUUUACACAAGUGACACACACGGGGUAGAACACGGACAACAAUGUUCUGCCAAAGGUUUACAUUUUAUCCACCAAAUUUCUCCCAUUUUUGUGUCUUCCCUGUUACUAUUCUGAAAUUCGUCCGUAUUUUCCUCUUCUAUAAAGGAAAGCGUCCCUCCUGUGACGAAUCAGGUGAGUCAGGCACUCAGGUGAAGUGCAAUGUUCUGCGGAAGAGGCCGAGCCGUCGUGUCGGUCCUCGCGGGGCGGACCGGGCAGGUGCAGGCCCGGGAGGCCGACUUCAGUUCAGUACAGAGGAACCGUCUCUCCAUCGGAGCCGCCCAGCCAGACCCCACGGACCGAGCGGGUUUUCCGUUCUUCCCCUUGCUGGACCGUCACGCCGACGCCGAGCAGGAGCUUAGCCAGGUAACCCGGUGGUCCUUAGCUGUAGGAUCCUGCAGGAAUGUAAUUGCUUUCCCCAUCUUUCUCCCCCGGUCUAGUUCGCCUCCUUUCCGUUCCCCUGGCGCCUUCGCUGUUCGCCCACACGGCGGCGGAUUCGCAGGUGGAGGCCUGAGCGCGCCCCGGGUUUGCCCAGCAACAGUGACGUCACGACCCCGCCGCCGAGAAUUGGUUGCCGGAGCCUCUGGGGGGCGGAGAAGAGGCGGCGGGAUCCGCGGGCGGAGGCCCGAGCGCGUCCCGGGUCUGCCCGGCAACAGUGACGUCACGGCCCCGCCGCCGAGAAUUGGUUCCCGGAGCCUCUGGGGGCGAAGAAGGGGCGGUGGGAUGGCAGAGGAAACUGUGCGGGGACAGUCGCAUUCUGGGAGCUCUGGCACAGGGAUGCCCCGUUCCGGCACCUGGAGGACCCUGCGUCUACACCGGAGUGUAGAGAAGCUUGCACCCGAGUGUCGGAUGCCAAUUCGGGCCUCGGUCUCUCUGAGUGUGCCGUGGGGGCUAUCCCCCGCCUCCACCCCUGGGCGCGACGUGAGGAGUAGCUGAGACAGGGGACACGAGGUGCUAGGCCUGUGUCUGGCCCCUUUAGGACCAUGCUAGCAGCCGCUGUGCGCAGGAGGUGAGGCCGGGAGGGCAGGACUCUGUCUUGCCGGCUCCCCGCUGCGUGGGUGCAGAACAGAGCGAGCGUGCUGGAGUGGACCCCAGCCUCUGUGCUCUGCUCCCCAUCGCUUCCUGCGCUCUAGCCGCAGAGUCAGUAUCGGCGCUUGUACUCGGUCUGCGUCACAGCAAUCUGUGGACUCAGACAUCAGUGCUUUCGAAUUCUGGAUGAGGGCUUUGUGUGCCGAGGAGGGGCUUCAGGGGUCCGGGGUCGGCGCAGCUCUCCUGAACGGGCGGGGAAUGGCUUUGCUGCUUUUCAGGGCCCGGAACCAAGGUACAUCCCUGCAGCCGGCGUCCCCUCCCUCCCCUCCCCGCGCCCGCCUCUCCCGGUGACCGCGGCGCUCGCAGGCGCAGGAGCAGUGUCCUUGUCGAGCUCCACCGGCCUGCCUGCUCCCGGAGGGGACGCGCGGCUCUUCCCCACGGUGACGCUGGGUCUCCGUGUAAAGGAGCCGGAGCACCCGCAGCGAACAAGCCUGGGACGGCUCAGGGAUCCUCCGAGUGCAAAUUAGGAGCCAAAUCAGGGGCUCUUGAUUUCGGUUCAGGCCCUGCUCUCAGGGUCCUGAAAGCGAGUCCCGUGUUGGGCUCUGCCCUGAGUGGAGAGUCGUCUUGAGAUUCUCUCCCUCUCUCCCUCUGCCCCCCACUCC